AUGUCAUCAUCAUCAGUAUCUGCUGGAAUUCUCAAACUUGCUACACAAUACUCGACUUAUAGUGGUUUUAUUUUAUUUAGUUUUGGAGUUAUUGGUAAUACGUUCAAUCUUCUCGUUUUUACUCAAUUGAAACUAUUUAGAACUAAUGGAUGCGUCUUCUAUAUAACUGUUGAAUCAAUUUCCAACUUAGUUUAUUUUUGUUUUUAUAUUACUAUAACUAUUUCAACAUCAAUAUAUGGAGAUGUUGCCAUAGGAGGUUCUAAUGUUUGGUGUAAGCUAAGAUAUAUAGUGGCACAAAUAUGUGCGCUCACUAAUUUUUAUAUGAUAUGUUUUUCUGCCGUUGAUCAGUUCUUUUCAACAAAUCAUCAUUACAAUUUGCGACAAAUGUGCACAUUGAAAGUAGGUCGAUAUCUUUCGUUUAUGUUUGUUUGUUUUGCAAUCAUUCAUGGCAUUGUACUUGGCUCCUCUUACGUUAUUCAACCAACAUUAGGAUGUGUCUUAUCGAAUUAUGCAUGGGUUCAGUAUUCAACAUAUUUCUUAUAUCCAAUUUUAGGUGGUUUUCUACCUAUUAUAAUUGCAUCAUCAUUUAGUAUGUUAGCUUAUCGUAAUGUUCGUCAUAUAGUUCGACGACAACUACCAAUUGUUCGUCGUAAACUAGACAAACAAAUGACAGCAAUGGUUCUUAUGCGUGUAAUUGCCUUCGUUUGUUUAUUAUUACCUUAUAUUACUUAUCGUAUCUAUGCCAUUAAUUUUCCAAUAUCACAAAGUAUGCCUAUGGCAUAUGCAAUUAGUCGAUUAAUUCAAGCAAUUUUUCUUUCUAUCUACUAUAUAAAUUAUACGAUCAGUUUUUAUCUUUUUAUAAUAUUCUCACCACGUUUCCGUCGUCAAAUGAAAUUUGUUCUAGUAAAAAGAUAUUGGCAAAGAUGGAAAUAUUGGUGUUGCUCCAUAAAUAAUCGAAUUGAACCUGACAACAAUAUCGAACUACGCAAUUCACAAAUGGGAUCUGAUGAAAACAUUUAA